AUGGCGAAAAUCUACAAAGACUCAAGGGUCGAUCUUCGGCCCUACGCGCCGACCACGGUCGCUAAUAUCCAGAUUCCGACUCAAGAAGGUCUGAUCCGUCGCCCACGCUUUUCGAUCUCAUCCGCCGACCAAGAACUUCCAAUCGCCAAGGACGAAGAUGAAUUUGCUAGACGGUACCUCGCGACACAGGGAGACAUAUACUUCCGCAAACGUAGGGUCUACCCGCGGACGUUCUUGUGGAGGGUCGUCAACGACAACAAAGUGCUAGAGAUCCAGUGCGCAGACCUAACUAAGGGUGGGACGGAGGUUUACGAAUACAAUGUGACUCUGCGAUUGGAUUUCCAGGAGCGCAUCCUUCCUUUUGGUGUUGAGCUGUCCGAUUCCGAGGACCACGAAAUCAUCAAUGUCUUCGUGAUUACUGCCUCCAAGCACCUCCACACCUUGACCUUACGACCUGAAUACUUCCGGAGAACCUCUUCAAUCGAUGAAAAUGUUAGGGACUGGUGCAAGACUUGCCUUCCGGCUCCUCUGGCCUUCUCGAACCCCCACCGACUACACGCAAGCAGUCCCCUAGAGCUGUUCAUUUCUCUUGACAAUGGCGCGUUGCUGCGAUUGACCCGCAGAGCUGGAGACGAUGGCUCGCACUGGUCUCCUCUCACCUUCGACGAACGCACAUGGGGCUCUUCGAUCCGAGGCCUCGUCAAAUGGAACGCACCAACCUCAGUCCGACACGACGGACGCAACCUCGAUUUGAAUGUCGCGAAUGCAAUUGCAACCACCUCCGACGAAACCUACGUAUUUGCGAUUUGCUUGAACCACACCCUCAAGAUUUGGAAUCUUGCAACGAACAAACUUGCGGCAACAAAAGACCUCCUCGGACGCUCAAUUCAAGAUCCAGAUCUUGUUUCCUACACACUGAACCCCGCCGAAUCGUCAUUCAUGCGCGUUUUCAACGCCGAGCGAGCAAUGGAUGGUGGGCACCGCUUCUAUGUCGUCACAUAUUCGCCAUUCGAGGACGGCAAGUUUAAGUUCUGGGCUGUCAAGGGUGGUCUGACAUCUGAGCUUGUUAUCGAGGAACUGUUCGCAGAUGAUGUUUUCCGACCUGUGGACCCCGAUGCGACUGGCAACAUGUUCUGGAGCAUCGCCGACUUCCAGGUCAAGUCUCGGGAAGAAGGCAAGGGAAUGGAGAUGUGGGUGCUCUGGAGAAACCACGGUCUUUACCAGCUCUACACUUUGCAUUUCGAUCUUCAAACUCUUGUAACAGAUUGGGCAACCAAGUGGGUUUCAACAACAUUCGAAACGCAUCGACAAGAAUCCCCGCCUUCUCUGAUUGUGGAUGAUGUGGUGGACCCUACCCAAAAGUGGCUGCAAUACCUAUUGCAGCCGAACAGAUAUCUGCCCGAGGUUCUCGAGACCGCUUUGGCCGUGUACCAGGAAGCCAUCAAGCCACUCUCGUCAGCCUCAUCGGGAGGGCUGAAGAAGAGCUUGCCUUUGGCUGAGCGUCUUUGCUCCACAAUAGCAUCUGCAGUUUCGCUGCGGAAGUUCGCUGACGACGAGAUGGACUACUCCCGUUUUACCUCGGACACAGAUUCAAAGUGGCGUCAGUUCUGGCAGGUUGCGGAAGACCUUAACAAGCGCCGGUUUGAACCAGUAUCCCUCGCCUACGACUCAUAUACCGAUAUGCCGUGGAUCCUUCUAUCAGACUCUUGUGCCGUUGUGCGAGAAUGCAGCGUUACUGAGCUUUUCUUACACAACUCCAAUGCUGAACUUAGCGAGGGUAUGCCGCAGAUGAUGGAUCGCUGGAGGCACCGAAAUGUCACAAGAGAACUAGGCUCGGACUUCCAGACUGCCUCUGCGUUAUUGAAGAUUGCAUCUGACUUCCGAAAGAAGUUUACCCCUCAGCUUGAUGGUGCGUGCAGAGCUGCCCUUCAGGCUGAAAUCUUCUCCGAACCUUCAUCUUCGAUGCUGGACCGGAUGGAGACUUUCCGCGAGCGAUGCGACUUUACGAACCAGAUCUCCAACAAGGCUUUCGAUAAUUUGGACGCCGCCUUGAGCGAAUACAUGAAUACAGAUUGUUUGAACAUGGAUGCAUUCCUUGCUAUAAUCCAUACAGCAUCUCUUCACUUCAGCGGAGAAGACUCCGAUCUUCUUUCCACUUGUUUCGGCGCCCGAGUCCUCGUUAGUGGUGCUCAGGAAACCAUAUCUAUCUCGCGUCAAAUAUUCUUCGAUUUGUUGAUCCUCGCCACAUUCCUGGACGGUGAAUUGGAACAAUCCAGCAAAUCUGAUUUCGAUGCGCCCUGCCUUUUCUCUUCCCUUGUCGAUCUCCUGCGCGAGUAUGAAAUGAUGUCGUGGCUCAGUUCAAAUGUCCGCACGUGUCCUGACGGCACUACAAAAUCCCACGAGUCGUCAACAUCGAAACAUUUGAAAGACAGCAACUCCAAAAACAAAAACCAUCGGACUGCAAGCAUUUUGGAAGAUCUAUUCGUGACAGACAUUAAGCCUCAACAAGCGAUUGACUCUCCACAAAGCUACACCUUGACUUUGGAUAUCAGAGAUGUCGUGGCUUGGAUCACACGCGCAGGCGAGGUGAGCUACCAAAACGCAGUGGCCCACAUCCAAUGUGACUUGAUUGCAAAGAACAACAUUGAUCUCGCAUGGGACUUCCUUCGGUUCCAGGCAAGCACUUCGUGGUCGACUUACGUUAAGGGUCGCUUGCAUGUUGCUAUGUCAGAAUACGAUGCUGCAGCCAUAUACUUCCGGAAGGCAGCAUAUCUGCUUUCGUGUGGCAAACCGAUGGGCAACCUUUCCGAUAUGUCAGCAGAGCUUUUAGAUCUCCUCGAUGGCAACUGCUUCCACAACGGCCUCGCAAAAUACUACCAGCACAUCCUUUCCAUUUUUGAAAAAGCGCGCUCAUAUUCCCAUGUCGCGGACUUCGCCAGCCUGGCGCUGCAGGCCCUCGACUCCGAAGUUUGGGCAGAGCAAGACGUCGAAUAUUCGACUACUCGCGACGACCUGCUGUCACGUCUAUUCACCGGAGCCCUCAAGACUUGCCAGUUUGACCAAGCUUAUUCCGCCUUGACUAGGCUGCAGGACCUCAAACUUCAAAGGACCGAGCUUACCGAGCUUAUCUCCACCAUCUUGACAGUCUCCGGUCCUGGAACUGCUGGUCUCAAACAAAUUCUCCGCUUCCCCACCUCCCUCGUGCCCAACAUCGCCUCUUUCAUCGACGAGAUUCUCGUCUACCUGACCCACAAACAAACCACCAAUGUCACCUGGCUAGACGCAGACAACAAUAUCUUCGAAGCCACACCUGACUAUACUCGCAUUCUGCAGGCCUACCGUAUCGCCCGUGGCGAUUACCGCGGCGCCGCUGAAAUCGCCUACCGCAAUGUGCAGCGUCUCCGCAAGGCCCGCGACGCCCCCUCAUCAGCCCUCACCCACAAGGGCAAGGAAAUCGACGAGGCAGCCCGCCCACCAGUCGAAGAAGACGAUGCCGAAAGCAAAGAAAUCCGCCACGAGCUCCUAUCCCUCAUCAACCUCCUCGCCUGCGUCGAUAAAAGCGAAGCCUAUAUCCUUGUCGAGAACGGACCACCAAUUAGCACAACCUUCGGCAACGAGCGACGCCCAAGCACACACGCUGACGAAGAAGGGAACAUCUCCAUGGAAGACGCCGACAGUUCCCCAACAGCCAACGGCAAACGAUCCAGCGUUACCUUCGCCUCCCACCGCAGAGGCAGCAGCAAAUCCUCCGCCAUCGAGCGUCGCAACAGUGUCUCCUUCGAGGUCCCUGCUAUCAACAACUUACUGAAGCGUCGUAUCAUCGUUACGCUUGAGCAUCUGCGCCGCGAGUUCCAGUCUGAGCUUGAUCGGGUCAGUCGCAUUGAGCGGGGAGAUUGGGAGUUUGGUCUUUAUGAGGAGGAGUUGCAAGGGGAUGAUGAUGAAGUGAUGGUUCUGUAG